CAAUUCCAAUUGCAAAUAUUUCAAGUUGAUCGCUUUUAUUUGAAAUAUUGGCAAUAGUUCUUGUAAAAAGUAUAUAUACUAAGUCUAUAUCGUACUAUACAAUCGUAACAAGGAUAUUAUUAGUUCCCAGUACAAAAACCAAUACAGGAAUGGCAUUGAGCACAGCUAAACACUUUUUCACCAAAUAUCCUCUGGCAAGAGGAAUGCUUGCGUACAGUAUAACGUGGCCAACAGGAAAUUUAAUUCAACAGACAAUUGAUGGCAAAAAAUGGGACACUUACAAUUGGAAUAAGUGCUUACAGUUUGCAUUGUACGGGUCACUUUAUGUCGCUCCAAGCUUGUUUGGAUGGAUUAAGUUGUCGUCGAAAAUUUGGCCAGUGUCCAAUUUUCGGACGGCGAUUAUGAAAACUGUAACCGAGCAACUGUCGUACGGCCCAUUGGCAACGGCAUCAUUUUUCUUCAUCUUGAGUUUGAUGGAUCACAAAACGGUUGAAGAAAGCAAACAAGAAGUUUGUGAAAAAUUCUGGCCAACAUACAAGAUCGGUGUUUUUUAUUGGACUACAGUGCAAACGUUGAACUAUACACUAGUUCCUGAAAGAAAUCGUGUGCCUAUUGUGAGCUUAUUUGGCUUAAUUUGGACAACGUUUUUAGCAUACAUGAAACAGACAUCACCACCACAUGAACACAAUAAAGUGCAACAUAUUGUAGAUGCUGAUCAACACAAACAUUCCGCCGCACUCAGAGAAUGAACUAAUUACCUUUAUGCUGUUUUGUUUGACAAUUAUUAACUCAUUGUAUCAUUGUUUUUGAAGCAAUUUAAUUUAUAAACGAAUUGUAAAUGUAUAAUAUAUUAA